UUGAAUGAAACAAAAAACCUACACACACAGAGAACAACAAUGGUGGGCGCGAGAGGAAGACCAAGGAAGAACACAGAAACACAGGAAAACGAAAGAGGAAAUGUGACCAAAUCAGAGUACGAAGAGUCUCGAGCUCAGAGAAUCAAGGAAAACGCCGAGAGGAUGAAAACCCUCGGCCUUUUCGACCUCUCGAAGAACCUCAAACCUCGUUCCUCCCCCUCCAAACUACCUCGCAAAGCGAAGCCUGCGCACGCGCCUUCGAACGACCCCCCGAGGCGCUCCUCCAGGUCCGUCAAUCGGAAUCUACACUGCUGUUUAGCCCUAAUGAUUUUGCCUUUCUCCCAUUUUCUGCUGAAGGACUUGCCUCCGGUGAGCUACGUUGAAAAGAAGACCCCUUCAAAGAAGACCAUGGUUGAGAACGUUGAAAUACAUAUAGAGGAAGGUGAAAACCCCGAGAUCUACACAGAAGAACACAAGAAGCUGCUGGGCGACUCGGAGCAUGUCUGGGAGCUGUAUGUUGAUGGGUAUGACGAGGACGGGCAGCGCAUUUAUGAUCCUGUCAAUGGCAAGAGCUGUCACCAGUGCAGGCAAAAAACAUUGGGGUUUCAUACUAAAUGCAGCAAAUGCGAGGCGGUCUCAGGGCAGUUUUGUGGAGAUUGCUUAUACAUGAGAUAUGGCGAGAAUGUGAAAGAAGUAAAUCAGAAUUCAGAAUGGGUCUGCCCCACAUGUCGGGGAAUAUGCAACUGCAGCCGCUGCAGAAGAGAGAAAGGAUGGAUGCCUACUGGAGCAAUCUAUAACAAGGUUUCAAAGCUUGGUUUCAAAUCCGUGGCGCAUUACCUCAUUCAGACUCGCAACGAGCAUGCGGUUCAAGAGGAAGCUACCGACAAUUUAGUCUCUGCUGCCAAAUCACUUCCAGUUGGCACUGGAAAAGACAAAUCUGGGCUUUCACUGGGUGGCGGGAAAAAUGAAGGAGAGAAAGUGGUCGUGGAACUUGAUAGCGAUGAAGACUACAGAGGAGACAAUUAUGAAGAUGAUGAUGGUGAUGAUGGUAGCAUUAGUGAAAAUGAUACCCUGUCAGUAAACUAAAGAAGACACUUGGGUUUUCUGAGCUCUAUUCACUAACUUAAUUUCAGACAUUAUUACAUUAAACCUAGACUCAAUGGUUUUUGAGGCCUUUCCUUAAGCUUUUGUUGUGAAAGUUGGCCUGUAGUUUUUGACUAGGAUGAAGUGUGCACAUGCAGUUGGGUACGGGUUGUUUUGAAUCUGCAUGUGGAUCGAUAUCGGUUCUAGCUAUAUUGUUGGUUUGGAAUGACCUUUUGUAAAGAACUUUGUUAACAUGACAGACCUAAAGCAAGGGAACUUGUUGGUUAUGAUGAAUGUAGGUGGCAUCUUGAACUAUAGUGAAAGAAUCACACUCUUUAUCAUGUCCAAGUUUCUU